UUAUUUUUGAUUAAAUAAUUGGGUUUUUGGUGAUAUGAAAAGUGAGGUUAUCGGAUGAUAUUUUUUUAACGAAACAGGUGAAAAUUAGAGUAUAGAAUUUUUUUGGUGAUCUGAUACAUUUUAUGGUUCAACAUCCCUUACUUCGUGACAACGCGCAAUCAGCUGAUCACAAACGAGGAUUCCCACAAAUAAAACUAAGUAAUUAUGGAUGCGCAACGAAUUUUAGCAAUGAAGUUGGACAUAUCGAGGAACGAGAAUCGAUUGACGAUUCUACAUCGAGUGUACUCGACGUACAGGCACAUGAGCACCAAAGAGGAGAAAGAAGAAAUGACUCUGUGUGCAGAAACUGCGGACAAUACCGAUGCAGAGGUUGCUAUUUCAACCACAGAAACAAUCCAGCCAAAUUCUGCUGUGGAGGAUGAAAUUUUAGAACACCUAGCACAUACGACAGCAAGUUUCAAAAGUCAGCAAAAAAAUGAUCCUGAACUGAUGGUAGAUGAAAAAAAAGCAAUCGCCCUUGAACUAUUGCGCAGGAGCCAUAGUAUGUUUCUUGCAAAAUUUGGUAAAUACCUCAAGAAAGAGCACCUCAACUAUUUUGUUGGCAACGAGCAAGAUUAUGAAAUUAGUUAUCACUUGAAUCAGCUCAAAAGAUAUUUUGAUGAUAAUGCGAGACAGAUUGACGUUAAGAAUCGUAGAUAUCAGGCACUGAAAAUGAUGGUGGAAAAAGGUGAAUAUUUUAGCGAAACAGAAAUGAUGAAACGCAAUCCCCUACUCUACGAACAUCACAUAGGACGCUUCUUAUCAGAAGAACAGAAGAAGAAACGUGACAAUAUAGACACAACAAGCAUAACUUUUGUCAAUCUGUUGCUUGAAAGCAUUGAUAGAGACCGAUUAAGAAAUGUAAGAAAAGCACAGCAAGAGGCUGAGGACGAAGUGCACGAAGAAAACGAUUCUGAUGAUGACUCUGACGAAGACAAAGAUGAGGAUAAAGAUUCUAAUCAAGAUAAAGUGCAUUGGGGUGAAGCUCUACAAGCGAACGAACCUUAUGAGAGAGAGAAGAAGGAGAACAGAGUUAAAGUCCUCCACGAGAACGUUCCUUUCAAAGAACAACAAAUUUUGAGAGAAGAAUUCGUUACCCAUAUGUACGCGAACUUUCUUGAUGGCAAAGAUGCAGAGUUUGAUUACAGUACUGUAGACGACAACGAAGCAUAUGACAACGUUGAAACUCGAACGCAUGACGAAGAAGAAAAAUACUUCGAUUCUGAAUCCCCAGAAACUGUUCUCCUGGAGAACGUACGAGAGGAAAACGAUUCAGAGGACGAGCUGGAGGUUUAUAUGAGAUCACUAAAGGAGCAAUGUUCGACAAAGCAACUGUAGCUACGGAAUGACCAGAGACGUUAUAUAGACGUGGAUUAUAAUUAUCAAAAACUGAGACUGUAAUCGUUAUUAUUAUUUUUUAUCAAAUAAAUCUUAUCACCUUUGUAAGAACAAGCAAUUUUUCCGUAAGAGUUGCAAUCUAAAGUUUUUUCUUGUACAUUCGGUGAAGAGCUCACUUACAUCAGAUGCCAAAAAUGUGGUCGUUUUUUUAUCAUUUUUUCAAACUGAGAAAGAUGCUUGUAUAUUCUGAAAUUUUGUGUUUAUCCAAAAUAUACAUAUCAUUGUCCAGAGCCCAAAAAUUUCUUUGAAAACAGACUGGACGAAUUUUUUUGUAUAACUUUUCUUAAAACGCAAUUUUUAUUAGAGAAACGCACAAACUUCGUCAAUGAAACUCAGAAAUUAUCAUCGAUUUAAGUGUCUCGUCGGUAAGCUUUGUUGCAAAAAUGUAAGAGAUAAAAUAAUUAUGGACAUUGAGUUUUUUAAAUAAAUACCUCAGUGUCUAAUAA